CCACAUAAGCCCAGAUAUGUCUUCACCUCUCAGCUUUUGGCACCAUCAUUCAGCAGCUAAGCACAGAACCAGGUAAAAAAUGGCGAUGCUACCAUCACCAUGUCCUUUGAACCCUGCAACAAGAAGCGAUUUUCUCUGUCCCAAUUCAUGUUUACAAUUUUAUUCCUCCAAGCCCACCUGCAAACCUCGUCUCCAUCCUUUAGUUAUCACCUCAUCUUACAAGCCCACUAAAGGGACUGUCGAAAAUGAUAAGCAGAGAGAGAUUCUUGAGCAGUACGGUCUCAAUCCCAACGAGUUCUUAUCCGAACCCUCUUCAAAGACAAAAAGAAGAAAGGAGCAGGGGAAUAAAGGAAUGAGAAGCUGUACACCUCCAGAAAAGACUCAGCCUGAGAGGGAGACUCACAAAUUGAUGCAGGUUCUUGGAGGGACUGCUCGGAGGAAAAAAUUGCUCUCGCCAAAGGGCUUGGAUGUGCGGCCGAUGAUGCAAGUUGUAAAGGGAGCAGCCUUUUCGAUUUUGCAGUCAGCUGGUGGUUCUCCUCAGUUUCUGAGGCCGGGACGGUGGUUAGAUUUGUAUAGUGGCACAGGCUCUGUUGGCAUUGAAGCUAUCAGUAGAGGAUGCUCUGAGGCGCACUUUGUGGAGAUGGAUCCUUGGGUUGUUUCGGACGUGCUUCGGCCAAAUUUGGAGUCUACUGGUUUUCUUGAUGUAUCAGUCAUACACACUGCUCGUGUCGAAACUUUCUUGGAAAAUUCAAAACGGUUUGCAGGUAAAGAUAGUGCGUUUGAUUAUAUAAGUGUAACUCCUCCGUAUAUGCUCGUGGACUAUGCUGUGCUCAUGGAACAAAUUUCGAAUUCGUCUGUUGUUGGGGAGAAUACCUUUAUUGUUAUUGAAUAUCCUUUGAAAACCGACUUGUUAGAAUCAUAUGCGGGCUUGGUAAAGAUAGCCGAUAGGCGGUUUGGGAGGACUAAUGUUGCAAUAUAUGGACCAAAGUGGGCACAAAAGAAGAGUAAGUUGGAGAAGUGACCAUCAUUGUUGAAUAAAUGAACCGAAACUGAACAUAAAUUUCCUGAAGAUCUACUUUGGCCAUGCAAAAUCACCUUGUUUUACAGAUCGGGCACUUGCACUAGAAUUCGACAAAGGGAGUACCAGACAUGAAUUUUUGAUCAAUUACAGUUCAUUCUUCAACGGCUAGAUCUCGACCACAGCUAUUUAUUUCCUUCCUUUACGUUUUAGCCCUUAUUUCUUUUUAGGUGAAAAAAACAAAAGAAAAAUGCCUCAGUUCUCCUAUAAAUGCAUGUCAAUCUGUUUCUAUUUAUCCCUGUCUGAUAAAUUGUGGGUUUUUUUUAUAAUUAACAUAUACUUUGUUCUCACCGACCAAAAUUGGCAAAAAUAUCCGAAAAUGAAUGGAGCUUUCUCCACGGAAAAUGAUAGCAACACGAAAGAAAUCGGUUUAUAUAAUACUCUUUCGAAUUUUGAUGCAAUCAUUGGCUUUCUUCUUGCAUGUUGGGAAUGUGAACUUGUUUAACAGAUAUUUCAUUGAUGGUUGAGUAUCUCUAGCUUAGGGCAAAUGCAUUAAAGACUUCAUCAAAAGAGGGGUGAAUCUUGUUUGGACAUUAGAUAUGCACUAUUUGUUUAUAAUUUAAUUUUUCUUGUUUUGUCUUUAUAAGGUUUUGUACUUUCUUAUAUUGUCGUCUUUACUCCUUUACCAUUUGUGUAGUCUUACAUUACAUGAUACUUUGAGUGUUAUUGCAAGGAACUUUGAUUUUAAUGAGAAUCUUGGAAUAUGCACUUACCUUUUAAUAUGGGCGGGAAAUUGUAAUAUCUUGCCGUAUUUGUGCUUCAC